AUGAGUGGAGGUCGCUUUGAGUUCGACGACGGUGGAGCUUACUGCGGGGGCUGGGAGGGGGGAAAAGCCCACGGCCAUGGCAUCUGCACCGGACCCAAAGGCCAGGGAGAGUUCUCCGGGUCCUGGAACUACGGCUUCGAGGUGGUGGGGGUCUACACCUGGCCCAGUGGGAACACUUACGAGGGGUACUGGUCGCAGGGGAAGCGCCACGGUCUGGGACUAGAAACCAAAGGACACUGGCUUUAUAAAGGGGAAUGGACUCAUGGCUUUAAAGGGAGAUACGGAGUCCGGAUCAAUGCUGGAAGUGGAGCCAAGUAUGAAGGCACGUGGAAUAAUGGGCUUCAGGAUGGAUACGGGACAGAGACGUACGCAGAUGGAGGUGAGAUUCACAAAGAUUUGGUGUGAAAAAGAGAAAAGUUUCACUCAGAAUUACUCCCCUCUGUAAUGACACGAUCUAAACUUUAAACAGGAAAUAUUGAAGGAAAGGACAAGUACAUAAUGACCAGUCUUGAAGUACUUGAGUAAAUCUACUCUGUUACAUUUCACCUCUAGAUAGAUCUCUGGAUCAAGUUUCUGAGACCCCACCAGCCGUAAGAGAAGUGUUUUGGCCUACUUAAGUCAAAGGAGCAGAAACAGCAAUACUGUAUAUUUAAAAAAAAAUCUAAUUUGAAGCACAACUCAAGCUUUUUUAACAGCUAUGAAACAGACUUAUUUAUAUUUUACUGACUGGAACAGGUGCAAGGAGACAGGUGUCAGCGCAGCAGCUGAAGAAACAACAAAAAAGUUUAAAGCACGAUUAAACCACAGCAAAGAUUUGACAUAGAAGUAUAAAUUAGGCUCAGGAAUAAGCCACCCUAAAAUCCUGAACUAUAACUUACUGUUUUGCUUUGUCAGCAGAUGUAUAAUUCAGCAUAUUACUACCCAGUCUUAGUAUUAUUGUUGAUUUGGCACAAUAGAUGCUGGUCAGCUCAGAAACAGGAGGCAAGCUAGGCUACAGAACUCUGAGUCUGCUGUCUUAUUUAGCUGAUUUUAUGAGCGCUUAUCUCGGUUUAAGUUUAAUGCUCUAUCGAGAGAGGACUUGAGGAAUUAACCUGAGCCUAAAGGUGUUAGAUAAAAGAAAAUUUAGGAGUAAAGACCUCAGUGAAAGUAGAAGUUACCGGAGCUGUUCAAAGGUGUUAUUGUCUGAUGAGCAAAAUGUUGAAAAUCAAGAGUAAAAGUAUGAAAAAGUCAGAGUACUGGCACUUAAAUCCAUAACACAGCUUCAUUAAAAUAAAAUGGAAAUAGUGAAAGUGUUUCAGAUUUACCUGAAUUUACCUGAAUUUUCACAAUCAUGACCAUUUGUAUAUUUCAUUUAUUUUAUAUUACUGCUGUCUCAUUAUGUGGGUCAUUUUAAGGGUUGUAGUAGUUAAAGUACAGCUUAAUACUGAUAUAUUUAAACUUAAAAUGGGUGCUAUUAUCUGUGGCGAGGACAAUAAAGUAGCAUCAAAUGGAAAUAGAGAGUUAAACAAGACAUCAGAGUUGUCAUUAACCAGAAAAGAUCACUUUCCAUCCUUUUCAUUACGCUAAACUGGCUGUUUGAUGGAAGAAUAAAGAAUAAAUCAGGGAGAAGUCCUUUAAACUCAGUGUAUCAUUACGUCUUUGCACCAAGUUCAUGGCAGGCGACGAGGAGUCGAACCCUCGAGAUAAAGAGGGACAGGUCGAUUAUUUGGGGUCAAUUAUGCCGUCUCUCCGUGUGAGUGGGAGAAAAUAGAACCCUGCUGCUGUCACUUCAAACCCUGACAGAAAACUUUUAACUUCGCUGAAGUGGAAGAAGUAUUUGGAUCUUCUACUGCCAUGUGAGAGUAUGUGGUUGUAGAUAAAGUUCAGCAGAAUGGACUGAAAGAGUCUAAAGUGUCAACACAUCCAAGUAGAGUUACAGAGUGAGGAGUAAAGCCAAAUACAAAACUAAGAGAAGAAAAGGAUGAUGUUCAAACUUAAAUGUAGUGAAGCUUCUUCAAAAGUAGUGUACAGUUUUAAUACUCCGAUAAAAAACAAGAUUAAAGCUGUUAUUUAAUCUGACAAAAGAAAAACCUCAAACCUUUCCAGCCCUGACAUUCAAGAGUUUUUUAUUCACAGCUUAAAUUACAUUAGAUAUAAUGAAAUUCCUGGUUUUUCAGGUUAUAUUGAGGUUAAGAAAAACAUCCUGAUCUCUUCAAGUCAAGUUCUUUAUCUCUGGAUAUCUCCAAAGAGGACUCUGAUGAUCUGAUUCCUUCAUUUUGAUGAGACUGAAUAAGUCAAACCGACAGAAUCAAUUGCAGUGAUCGGCGUUUGUAGGACAGCGGUGGUUCCCCGCUUUAACAGCUGACUCAUCAGCUUUAAACUCAGUCAAGUGGAGGCCGUGCUGGGGGGGGGGGGGGGGGUGAAACUGCUCCAGGAUGUAAUAAUAGCCCAGUAGCCCCCCCUUGCCCUCCUGGCCUCGCAGACUCAGACCUCAUAGCUGUCACUAUGAGCCACACUCAGACACAUGUCAGUUUUAGCAGGAGGCCUCAAAAUGCCAUGUGUGUUGACAACUGAAGAAUUUAGUUUUCACAUCUAAAAUAGAAAUCAGAUAUCGAUUGAUAGAUUUAGAUUUUAUAUUGUAGGGUGACCAUAUUCUGACUUACCAAAAAGAGGACACAACUAUGAGGGGCGCUUCUAACACAGUAAGUCCAUGUGACACAGAAUCGAAACUUUCGUACAAAACUGUGGACAUUUGAAGGAUUUUAUAAAUUUCCCGAACAAAGCCGGACAGCCCCCAAAAAAGAGGAAAUGUCCGGGUAAAAGAGGACGUAUGGUCACAUUAUUAUAUUGAAAGUUUACAGCAGUGCUAACUAGUGUAGCUUGAUGCUUAGAGCUAAAAGCAACUUUACAAGGUUCACCACUAAAGUAUCAGAGAUGUAGAUGAGCUGGCGCUUUUAGUUCACUGGAAAACAACAACAACUUCCACUCAGUUACAUCUCUAAUUAUGCAAACAGAUAUACAACUCUUCCCUUCAAUAUUUUCUUAAGUUAGAAUGAUGAGAAGAUGAUUCCAGAAGAUGACCCUCAAAGUCAUGAGCAUAUUUGUACUCAAUUUUUCGUCCCAAACUAAAAUAUUUCUCAAAAUGUUGCGAGCACGUCUGUAGAACUGUCCCUGGUUUAUCUGUGGAACAGUUUGAGAGGAGUCACGCCCUGUUUUCCCAUGAUUCCAGGUACUUUCCAGGGCCAGUUCACCGGCGGAAUGCGACACGGUUACGGCGUCCGUCAGAGCGUCCCCUACGGCAUGGCAGCAGUCGUCCGCUCUCCUCUUCGUACCUCCCUGACCUCCCUUCGCAGCGAGCACAGCAACGGCACCGUCCUACAGCAAGACAUCCCCGUCAUCACCACCACCAACGCCUCAGGAGAAGAGACCCCCGUCGCCACCCCCACCCAGCUGGGACCGUCCCGCGGAGGCUUCGCCCUCACUCUGCAGGUGGAUCCAGAGGCUGUGAAACCAAAGAAGAAGGGCCUGUUUCGUAGAAGCUCUCUGUUGGGUAAACUGAGGAAGUCUGACUCGAGUACGUCCCUGUCCAGCCAGAAGAGCAAGAUCAGCUUCCUGAGGACGGAGUCAGCUCUCAGCUCCAACGCCAGCGACACCAACUCCACCAUCAGCAUGGACGAGAGCCUGACCGGAGGCGAGGACUUCCCCCCAGUCGAAGCUGACAUCGACGCCACCACCACGGAGGUCUACAUGGGCGAGUGGAAGAACGACAAACGCUCAGGAUAUGGAAUAAGCGAGAGGUCCAGCGGGCUGAAGUAUGAGGGCGAGUGGCUGAACAACCAGAGACACGGCUACGGCUGCACCACCUUCGCUGAGGGAGGGAAGGAAGAGGGCAAGUACAUGAACAACAUGCUGGUGAAGGCCAUGAAGAAGAGGGUGAUCCAGCUGAAGGGAACCAAGAUCAAGCACAAGGUGGAGCGGGCGGUGGAAGGCGCUCAGAGGGCUGCGGCCAUCGCCAAGCAGAAGGGCGAGAUUGCUGCUUCCAGGUAUGUCCAGGACUUAUAUCAGUACUAUUUUUAGAGCCCAGAUUCUGACCUUCACUUAUUAAUCAAUCGAGCAUAAAUGUUGUUCUCAAGUACACGUGUCCACCUCCAGUUUAUCCGUGACCGUACAAGGCGCUGCUGUGUUUUCCUUCAGCACCUGAAACUAGUCCAGUGUUUACAGCAGAGAGACUCGCUCUGAUGGACUCCAGGCCUCUGUCCCGGCAGAUCCAAAUCCAAAUAUUGUACUCUGAGGAUAAGCAGUAAAAAUGAGUAAUGGGCCGCUGUUUGUUGUAUCAGGGCGUUAAACUGACUUACAUGAAAUCCACCAGAGAGCUGAAAGUGGAAGGAAACACUUUAUAAAGGACUGCUUCACAAACACCUGCAGAAAGUAUCCUCAGAGGACAUACGUGUCCUUAUACACAUUUAGCCAUUUUUUUAAUUAUCAACUUUUUUAUCAUCUAGUGUUUCCCAGUCACCAUGGUAACAGAAAGCAAUACUUCUGGACCAACUGUUAGAUGAUUUACCGUACAAAUCUCCCCUAUUCUAGAUUUCUAACCUGAUUCCAUCCAAAUAACUGUCACAGUAUUGUGAUAAUAAAUACAGAGAGUAAACGAUUUACAGCUGCAGGAGAUUUCUUUUAACGAGUUUGGAUGGCUCACACAGAAAAAAGAUGGUCACUGCUACAAAACAAAGUACAAACACGUCUUUGUGGUCGGUCAAGACUGUGACCUCGCUGGUCAGAGUUCAUCAGAGUUGAACAGAUGCGAGGCCAACAAAGCGUGCCAACUGAAGCAAAAGUUUGAUCGGCCUCUAGCUCUAUUCCUAUCCAUGCAGUGGGGUUAUUUUCCUCAGUGGUAGCACCUAUGAGUUAACUUUGCAUAACUGUACUUUCCAGAGAUUAAAAAAGUUCCCCAGUGUGAUCUCAGUCAGUUUAGAGUAAGAUUAUCAACCUGUCCUCUGAUUCUUCAGUCACAGCAAGGAACAAAGUUUUCUCCAAUAAUGUGAAAGGAGAGACACAAUCCUCACAGCUUGAGUAUGAUGCGGCAAAGUCUCAUACGAUUGACAGAAACGUCCAUAGAUAUCUAUAAUGGCAGCUUUUCUUUGCGUAAACAAAGACUUAAUCAUGAAGCACAGUUGUUUCAGGGCUAUUUGCACGCAAAGGCUAACUUUGAGUUGCUUUGCGUUGCUUUGCGUAAGUUGUCAAGGCUGAGGCCACAAUCGAGAUUUUAUUUUCUUGUAUGACAGUCUAUAUUUUUGGUCUAAGUGACACUCUUUGUGGAUGUGUGUUUAUCAGCAUGGCUAACAGACUUGCUGUGAGUGAGACCGAGUACGUAUUGCAAUGUUGACCCAGCAAUUUUACAUUAGUUGGAGAGGCAGAAAUGCUCUUUCAAUUCAACACAACUUAAAGUUGCACAUGAUUUCCCAGCUGUUUGGUUUGUUAUAAACAAUUAAAAUAACAACAUGAGGCAGAUAUUCAUAUUGAAAAUAAAUACAAAUAUGUUGUUAUAUGUUAUUUAAAUUAACCCUAUAACAGAAUUAUUACUAAUAUAACAUACAUGGAAUGAUUAAAUGUUUUAUAUAUAAAUUAUUUAAUUUAACUGUCUUGUGUGUGUAGGCCUAUAGCUAUUGCUCUACCUAUCUGCUUAAUGUUUAUUCAUGUAAAUCCAUGGUUUAAAUUAUUCUUAAGUAUGCAGGAACAUAACGAAAACUCUGAAGUUUGUUACAGACCAAACCGUUCGAAAAUCGGUUUAAAAUUAAGCAAUCUAUGGUUAUUUAAAUGCAACAUGCACCAUAGAUUAUGUUAUGAAUGGGCGAGCUGCCCAUAGCAAGAUGGCCGCUAUGCGCGUACGUCGGUCUCCAUUUGCUAACAGCGAUUGUAUAUAUGUAUAACCAUAGACAUUAUAAAAGAUAGACCCCGCGUCGGCCGCUACCACGAAUGGGCGCUGUCGAAAAAUGCGGCCGCCAUCUUGGUCCGGUCAUCCGCCUCACUCUGCACUGCUGUUUAACCGGCGGAAUGAGGUCUGAGCGCAUUAAAUGAAUCAUAGUUCGCUCAAUACUACGUAAUUUUCUUGUCUGCAAACGCCAUUCAAAGAGGCAUGAUAGAGGCCAUAUUUUUUUUUGGCGUUUUCAAAUACUCAGAAUGAAUAAAAUGAUAUUUUAGAACAUGGCAGCAGUGGCUGUAUUAUAGUAUAACAAUUAAUCAAGGAUAUAUUUAGGUUUAGAGCUAGGUUCCUGCUAUGUCUCAAUAAUUAUUAAUAACUGGCGGUUUUAAUAGGCCAAUUCAAUAUUGAUUUGAUUAUAAUUUUUUAUAUAGUUUAAUUUUAUUUAUCCAUUUGUAGACACACACAAAUAAUGUCAUAUAGAAGCACUAUUUUAAUAACUGGAAAAUACACACAAAGAAAUACACACAAAUAUAUAGCCUACAUAUCAAUAAAAAUUUAAACACAAGAACAGCGUGACAGGACAGCAUCUAAACUACAUAUCAAUUUGCUUGUUGGCUACACAGCACAGAGGAAUCACUUGCUGUGAAUUUCUCCCUCUAACAGCAAUCUCCCACUUCUUCCUCAAGUUUUGUCCUUAGGAAAUCUUCAAAAUGAAACAGGAGAUCACCACAAAGAAAUCUUUAAUAAAACAGAGCUCACUUUCUUCCUUCUUCUUUCUAUUUUAUUUCUUGACGUUUCUUAGAACCUCUCUCAAACAAAAGUUUUUCAAUCUAAUGCAAAUCUGUUCAUAAUAGAGCAAAGUUGCUAUUAUUGUGAAUAAGCUAGCUGUUCGCAAAUGCUGUUUCCUUUUUGGAGUUGACCGAUAGUCUUCCUCUUUGGCCUACAAAUGACUCUACAGUCAAGUGUAAUGUUGAAAAAAGGUUUAAUCAUAACUGUGAAAAGUUAUUCCUUGAGCCCUGUUCUCUGCUGUCCGCCUGUUGGCACAGGAAUACGCCGCACAGUGCUCCGGCAUCGCUGAAUGAAUGAAUGAAUGAAUACGAUUGACCGGAGCGUAUGGGAAGCUUGACCUGACCAAGAUGGCGGCCGCAUUUCUCGCUGCGCAGCACCCCCAGCGGGGUCUACCCUUUUAUUAUGUCUAUGUGUAUAUCAACGGAGUGAUCUUGUUGCUAAAGCUAAGCUAGCUUAUCAAGUUAGCACAUUAGCUAGUUCACUUUGAGUCGGUGUUCACUUUGUAACUAUUAAUUUCAGUCAUUUAAGUCCCACUCCGAUCAUUUUUAACUACUUUAAGUUUUUUCAGUGGUCUUUACGCUGUAAUUAUGAAGUUUUUAGCCAGAAUCACAUUACCUGUGUCAUUUUUAAGGACUUUUCUUCAGCAGAGCUCCAGUGGCUCAUUAGCAAUUCGCCGCGGAGACAGCGCCGCUCUGCUAACUCCUCUUCCGGCUAGCUUACAGCCUAACAUCGCCGGUGUAGAAGAAGAAGCAGCAGGUAACGGAAGCUUUUCAGCUGUGGGAUACUGUCUCUCUCUCGAAUGAUUCUCACUGAGCCUGGGUUUUCCGAUUGGGUCUGCCAGAGUCCCAAUUUAAAUGCAGACAUACUCAAAUGAAAAUUCGCACUUAUUUUUCCCAUGAUAUGUCCUGUACUGUCAUAAAACCCCAUAUGAACAUGUAAACAAGAAAAACAUGAUUUUCAGAGUGGGUCUUUAAUGUGUGGCACUAUAUGAAUUUCACCAAGAAAUAAGAUUUAAAGUAUCAUCAUUCACAUGUUUACUCAGUGUCAUGAAAAAAAAAAAAGGAGAGUAGAGUGACUAUAUCAGAAAAAUCAAUCAAGUCUUAUAAUCAUGCAGUUUAGACACCUUAAAGGCUGAGUCUGCUGCAGUCAUUAAUCACCUCUCACUAGAAUCUGACUAAAGUAAUCACUAAGUCUUCACAGAUUUGGUAAGAAUGUAAAAGUUGCAUUUAAUACAUUUUAUUUAUAUUGUGCUUUUCACCUGAGAAAACAGACCUCAAAGUGCACACAGUAAAAGGCAAAAAUAGAAAAAAAAAGGCAAUAGUAAAGCAACAGUCAGAAUAUAAACUCAGCCCGGAAAAGGCUUUACUGAAAAGGAGUUUUAUUUUCCCAGACAGAGUGAGACUUUGAAGAUGAAGAUGAAACAGAAGAGCCACCUUUGUACUCAGCACAUGCAGGCUUAUAAAGGCAGUUAUCAUGAACCAGAGCACAGAUAGGAGGACAAAAUUGCACAACAUCGGUUCAGGUAGUUAAACAGACAUGGUUGAAUGAGGUUCAGGCAAAGUUUGGUACAAAAAAAAGCAAAAAAAGUGCAACGAACUGGCGACGAGACUGAGAGACACAUGAGGUUAAAUACAAGAGGUAAAUGAGGGUGAUGGGAAACAGGUGGGGAGACACAAUCUGGUAGCAGGUGUGACAAGACAGGGCGGGGCAGACCAGACAGGAACAAAUCUAGAAAAUAGAAACAAGGGUUGGAGAACUUCAAAAUAAAACAGGAACUAUAAGACAUGAAACAAAACUGGAAUGUGUAAGAAUAAAGGAAAUUUAGACAUGACAGCUGUGGAUGCAUUUUAUGUUUCAGCAUUUAGUCUGUGAAUCAUAAACACGAAUCCAAGAGUGAGCAUAGAGCUUAAACAGAUCUGACCAGAAUAUACAGAUACCAGCCAACUCAGCAAUGCCUCUGAAUUUGCAGAAUUUCUACUCCCUCAUGACAAAAACAUUGUUCUACCACACCCUCACCUCCCAGUUAUCAGAGCAGAAGAGAGAGUCUGUUUAGAUGUCAUGAACCAGGGUUAAACUAAAAGGAAAAAAGGACCCAAGACUCAAAAUGAAAUGCAACAAAAACUUUCUUCAAAUGUCCAGCUGAAAAAUCCCAAAUGCAUAAAAAAAAAAAAGAGCAAAAGCCAAUAAAAAUCACAUGGGGACUCACUGUGGAUGUGCCAUCAACAUACAAACAAUGAACCAACUGAGAAAGGGGAAGACAGGGACUAUAUAUACACACAAGGUAACGAGCAACAGGUGAGGCAGAUGAGACACAGGUGAAACUCGUUAGUGAUUAACGAAGGAGGGAAACCUAGUUAAGUAAAACCAGACUAGAAACACAAGGAAUCAACUACUACAAAAUAAAACAGGAAACACUGAAAACGUGAGGAAGAACAGGGUAAAAAACCUGAAAACUCACAAGACUGGACUUCAGGAACAAAAGGGAAAAAUACACAAACAAUACACGCAAAUAAAAUCUGGGGAAAGCAAAAUUUACAGAACAGACCAUGACAGUAGAUUAUUACUUUAAAUUAUCCAAAUUUUUGCAUCACAGCUUUUGUUUUCUUUUUUUUUCUGCAGUUAUAAACUCCUGACCAGAAAAUUAAUGACUUCUGCUGCAUCGUUCUGCAGUAAUGUAGAAUUUAUUUCAAUUAUACCUCCUCACAGAAGAUAAAUUCUGCAGAUAUAAUACUUUUAUUUUCUGUUCAUUUAUUUAGAGACAAGAAUUUCUCUUAUCGGAGUGGUCUGAAUGUUGCAUUGUCUCCUCUGGUGAAGUAAGGGAUGCUUUUGCUUCCACACCAACUUAACAACAGCCACUCUCGACUGUUGAAAACUAAAAUCUGUCGUUAUAUAAGCAGUGGAGACAUGACACAUCUGUUCCUGGCAGUCGUUUCCUCACUCUGUGAUCUUUCAGCGGUGAAGUCGACAGUUAAAAAUACCUCCUACAAACCUGUGCACUGUACGGGACGCCGGAGCCGGCCUCUCCAGGUCGGCGCGCUCGCCGGUGUUAAGACACACUGAGGACAUUGUUCUUUGUGGUAAGCUGGCCGCCGGGCGUCUGGAGGAGGAGGACCUGUGCGGCAGGACGGGGUGUAAAUGACGCACAAUCGGGGGCCCUGUGGUCACAGAGGAGCCCUGACUAAAUAUGGACAGGCACACUCUGCUGUAUCACAAUCACAGGGGAAUGCAACAGCUGAUUAUCCCCCCUCCCCCCUCCUCCAGACCGGACUCUUCUGCCCUCUCAGACACAAACACAGACGCUUUUCUUAAAAUGAAUCACAGCAGGGGUUUAAUUUCCUGCACACAUGCUUCAGGCUGUUAUUUCAUUCACAUAUAUGGUGAAUGUAUGAAGCACACGUGGUGACGGGUAAUGACAUUAUGCAGGAAUUCUGAAUGAACCAGAGUAUUUUGAUCGUCUCUCCAUUCUUAUUUCCUCUGCAGUCCUGGCGAAGAUGAUCAGGUUUCUUUGCAGAAGUACUAACGCCACAUUUCGAGUUUGUAUUUUCUCCUAAUUUGUACUUCCUCUUGACGAUAUUAAACCUAAAUGCACUGAUCUUUAAGAUUCAAUCACAACAUUAACUCUGACUUAUUUAACACAUGUAAACGUCACUUUCCCUCCCCCCUAAUUUUGACCUUUUAGUGCAGGUUUUGCUCACUAAUGUCAAAACUUUUCUCAAAAUCUGAGUGGAGAUAUUUUCACAAACUAAUUUGACCUCCUUUUACCCUGAAUCUCCUUGAGGUUGACGGUGAAUUUUCCAGGGCCGUGUCCAAAAUUACAAACAAACUCAUUCACAUAUUCAGACUCUUUGCAUAGUGAGAUCUCUGCACGUGACUGUAGUGAGCUCACUGGCACGAUAAGGGCGUCACUGCUGUCACACAGAGAAAAUAGUGAAAAACAACAGAGAUUUAAGAGCGUAAUUCAACAAAAUAAAGCAUUUAUUUGGGCCACAAAUCAUAAAAAAUAGACUUUUAAAGGCUAGAUUUUACACCUAGAGAAGCUUUUACCUGCUUAAGGUCAAAUAAGAUAAACAAAAACAUGAGCUGAGAUAGAACCUUAAGACUUUAAGUUCUCUAAAAUGACUAAAUCCAGCUAAGAUAAGACUUUUUCACAUUUCUGUGACUCUUUAUUGUUCCUGUUUUUUAAUCACGUUAUUAUAAUCCAUUGGCUCCUGCAGAUGAAGAUUGACUCUCUCACCUCCUCCCGUGUGAUUUAACUCCCCUGACUAGCUGACAACAGCUCCACUUCACAGAUCUGGGUCCAUCUUGCGUCAGCACUGGUGUCAAAUGGUUCCACGGAUAUAAAUAUGACACAGCUCAUAGGGAGAGUGCCGGGGUAUAAAGUCUUGCCGUAUAGAUGUACCACACCUAGCUUUAGUUGUGCAGCUUGGAUUACAUACUGUACUGCUGAUACGAGCGUUUUGUGCCUGUGAAGUGUCGCUCAGGGGAACAUUUGUAAACAGGUUUUAUGUGAAGAAAAUAAACCAGAAUAACAGAGCGAGUUUCUUAUGUCACCUCUGAGCGAUGUGUAAUAAUGAGGCUGCAAUUAGCUCCUAAUGUUUGUGUGUUUUGGCGGGGGUUAUUUAAUUAGACGGUGAAAUAUUUACUCCUCUUUUUAUAGAAAGUAAAUCUUUCACACACAGACGCCCUCUCCUCCAAGAUCCAGUCGCACAGAAACAAACGCAAACAGCAGAAAAGGAGGAGCGGAUUAGCCCCGGGUCGGUUUCAUAGUUUUGGGUGUCGAAGGCGGUUUCUCCUCACAGCUGAGCCUCUUCCUCCAGCUGACGUCUCCGAGAACAACCAGCGUCUCUGACAGCGUAAAGAGUAUUUAGGUCACAGUGUCAGGUGUCAUGUUUGGUUGCAGAGAAGAGCUGCAGCAGCCAUAAAACUUAAAGAAACACUCUCUAGAUUUUUUACCAGGAGGGAGUUUGGAUCAUAAGACAAAUAUUUAGCCUGUGCUCUAUCUUAGUACUUCACCCUGAAGACAGUGAAGUACCGUAAUCUUGUGUUUGUUCUGAGUGAGGGACUGAAAGAGAGCAGCUCCUACAGAUCCGACUUUCUACCUUGGUUGGCAUUUUAAGCGUUUAUUGUCUCCACUAUAACUCUCUGCUCUUAAAUAAUGGAUCACAUCAAAUGUAUCCUCUGGGUGCCUGCAGAAAAAGUGGACAUAAGUGGCUAUAAUCAAUAGUUUAAGUAUCAAUAAUGCAGCAGAUGACUGCUUGAAAUGAUCCCAGGAAAACAAAGCAAAAGGAGAGUCACAGCUGGACAUGUUUUGACUCUCUAUGCAGAUAAAAAUCUCUUUAUUAACCCUAACCUUAGCUGCAGAAUUCAACAUCCUAAAUGCUAAAUUAGGUGACCGAUUUGUUUCUGGAUUGUCCUAAUCUUGUGUCUGAUUCUAAGCGUGUUUUUAGAUAUGCUUCUGCACAGUAGCUGAGUGAUAAACCCGAGCUGCAACCUAACGCUCGGAAAUUUUUGACAGCUGAAGGACGGGAAUUAUCAGCCAAAACAAUCACUACCUUGAUAGCCUGAUAUUAGCAGCUGCACUGGCCAGUUUGAGCAGACAUAACAACAGUGGAGGGCCGUGAUUACACCGCUGGUUCUCCACAAAUAUCAGGUACCAAAGUGAAAGAUGCAAUUACACACUUAGACGGUUAAAAAUCUGCCGCUUGUGUGUUUUAUUGGAGCGGCAGAUAUCAGCUCUGUCGGUGUAGUUAUGAAUGAAUGAGAUUCGAGGGUUUGGGGGUGAAUGUGUUCCUGAAGGAGGAGGUGCUGACGGUGUGUGGACAGGUGGAGCUCAUCCAUCUCGAAACAGGGAUCCUCUUGAGGCUCUGAUUGUUCCAGCGGGGGAGCACCUUCCCCUGGAGUCUUCAGGAGGAGCGGGCGGCUAUUUUCAGCUCAGUGUAAAGUUACAGUAUGUGAAGUAUCCACAGAGUAAUCACAAUCAGUAAUUUUCACAGUUCACCGCGGAGGCCUUGAACCCCGGCUGCUCAAGAGAUCCAAUCUAGAAAUCUACCUUUAGCCAUCUAGACUAACUUUUUAUAGCACUAACCUCAUCCAGAAUCAGGUUUUCAAGGAUCUCAUUUGGACUUAACAUUACAUAACUCAUCCAUACAGUUAAUUAGAUAAGUUUGUGCUAGUCCAGGCGGGCCACAAAGUCUGAUAAACGGACUAAAUUGUUUCUCUACUCAAGCUGUUUCUGGCCUUCUCUGUCGUGUUUUUCUCUUUAACGAUGACAUAGCCCUCAGAUACGACAGUUCAGGACCCGUUUGUCUCUCUGAAGGCGUAAAAGAAUCAUUUAUUUCUGUCCUGGUCCGACAGCAGCAGGGAGGGACACCUCCUCUCUUGAUAUCUAAUAAUACUAAUGAGCCGUGUGACCAUGCUGACUCCACCUCUGGCCUUCACUUUAGCAUGAUUGAAAACUAUAAACACUCCCUCUGCUGCAGUAUUCCAGAGCGGUGUUAAACUGCCGUCAUCUCCAGGGUUUAUAUUUAUUCUUUGUACCAGAUAAGAAAGUUCAAGAUUGGGGUCAAAGUGCGUUAAAAUUUGAGUUAAGAAUAGAUGAGAUUCUGCUUUAAAAAUGGCGACUUUUCUAGUUUGAAAUGACCUCUGUUGACCUUUAUUGGAUCUGCUGAGCUAAGGGCUUUAUGUGGUGACUCUUUGGUGGUUGUGAGGAUCAGGGUUUUCUUUCGGUGUCAGUCAGAGCUUCUUCUACUGAUUCCAAACCUUGUUGAUAAAGCUGCGAUACACCGCUCAUAUAGUACGUUUCAUUUGUUCCCUGCAGGACGACUCACGCAAAGGCCAAGGCAGAUGGAGCCGAUCAGGCGGCUGGGGCCUCUAACAGCGAGUCCAGCAUCGCCCGUCUGGUGGCCAAAGAGCUCUCCCCUUCCUUCUACCAGCCAGGUCAGUGAACGUCUCAGUAACGACACAUGUAAAGAAAGAAAUGCUAGGGCUUUGGGUCGAGUCUUGGAUGUAUGAGUUAGCAGGAUAAUCAAGUCAAAGACGAAAACAAUACGACCUAGAUGCCCUUAAAUAUUACUACGCUGUUAAAAACAUUAAAAGAGAUCUAUUAUAAUAGUUUGAUCUUUUGUCAUGUUAAGAUUUGUGUCUUGAAAAACUCCUAAUUUAUCUAAAACUAGUGUCUAAUGGAAACCCUCAUUUCAACUCUAUUCAGCCUCUGUCUGCUUCUUUUUGCCUGUUUUCCCGCUGAUACAGAGUCAAAACAGCUCAUGGGUGUUACUUUUUACACAGCUUUGGAGACACCACCUGAAAGUUAUGCCCUACAGGAAAUAUUUUCGGUUUACCUCACUCUAUUAGCUUAUGUUAUUGUACAUAACCUGCUGUUUUAAUCGUGUGACCUUUUUGAACCGGACAUGUCCUCUUUUUUGGGGGUCUGUCCAGCUUUGUCCAGGGAAGUUAGUAAAAUCCACGUGGACUUACUGAGUUAGAUGCACGUAAAAGACGCUUGAUCUGACCCGAAAAACUCUCAAAAUUAAGUUUGUGCGACUCCGCCCCCGUAUUAGUGAGGGUUAGUGAACUACAAAAUAAAACAGGAAAUGCAUGACAUGAACAAAACAUAAAUGUGCAGGACUAAAAAGACACUUAACUGACAUGAAUGUACUGAAAAAUAAAAGAGAAACUUAACCGAAACGACAAAAACAAACUCGUCUCAAACUGUUUCUCAUUUUAAGACAGAAACAGAAAGUAUAAACUGAUAACCGAGAACUUUCUCUGCCUCCAUCUUGAGCUGACAGACCCUCAGCCGCAGCUCCACAAGGGCAGUCAGAUUUAAAUGUCUAAAAAAGGAACAUCUUAUUGGGUCGAGGGGAUCAUAUCAGUUUCAUUGCCAGUCUGUCGACCACACACACUCACACAUUCACUCAGAAGCUCUCCAGCCCUGUAGGAGCUUUUUUCUUCUCCCCCUCGGCAGAGAGAUUAGAGGAAUCAGACACAGACAGAAAGACAUCCAGAUUUCUGAGCCGCUGCCCAAUUUGUCUCUGACGAAGGGUACAAACGGACGAGGCCUGGCUCAGUCCUGCUCUGCAUUCCUCCGUGAAAGACAGAUCUCAACACACACUUAGGCAGAGCCAGCGUGUUCACCAUCUGCUGUAUCAGUGCAGAGAAAAACACUUUAGCCUCACAACUGAGAGGACGAGUCUGAGAUACUAAACUCUGCUUUUAUUAAACCUUAUGUUAACUCUGUGGAUUGGCUUGUCGUCCUGCAGGUCCUGAGUAUCUGAAGAAGAGAGUCCUGCCGGAGGUGGAGGGCAGUGAAAACACAGAAACCGUCAUGCAUGAGCCGCUGCUCGCCGAGGAGGAGCCCAUGCCGACGCCGCCUGAGAGCCCCUUCAUGAACGAACUGGACAGCCUCAUGCCGGGCUCUUCUCCAGGCCGCACCCCCUCCCCCAGCCCUGGCAUCUUUAGCAAAGAAGACCCCAAACUCCUCGGUCCAGGCAGCUGGAGCGAAGACAAAACCAGUAAAGGUGGAGGCAGUAGAGGUGGAAGUAAACCCAACAGCAAACCCAACAGUCGCCCCACUACUCCUUCAACCUCUGUGAAUACUCCUGCUGCUGCUGCUCCUCCUGCUGCAGCUGCUCCUGAAGGUGGAGGGGCCCCCAGCAGUCGUGGCCCCUCUCGUACCCCAAGCCGUCAGAGCAACAAGAACGAACAGGGGUCAGAUCUGGAGAUAAAGCCCCUGCAGAAGUUUGACUCAGAGGUAAAAGCUCCAGAAGCUGCUCCACCUCCUGCUCCUCCUCCUGCUGCUGCUGCCAACCCUGUAAGGAACAGCCUCAUCGUUCCAGAUGAAGAAGAAACCCUGCGACCCGCCUCCAGAGUCUCCUCCAAAGCCUUCACCCCCGAGCCAAAACCCAUCGAGGUCAAGCCCGAACGAGCUCCGUCGGUGCAAGAGCGAGCGACACCCGUCCCUGAGCCCAAAGUGGAGUCCAGGGAGGCGAGUAGGCCGUCCAGCAAAGCAGAGACGAAACCUUCUCUAAAACGACAGCCUAGCCCAGCUCCGGCUCCGCCCCCGAAACCUGCGCCAACUCCUGAACCUAAAACAGUACCAAAACAAGCGGAGCCCAAAGCGGUUGUUACCAAACAAGCCCAGAAGGUGGAUCACAAAGCUGAAGCCAGACUGAGGGCCAUGGUGUCGAGUCCGAGCAGAGAGGCGGUAGAGUCCGCGGAGCUGGAGGUGAGACAGGAACAUGUACGCCGAGGCCUGGUCCACAUGUUUGAGAGUGUUUUUGAAAAAGGCGGUUUCCUAAAUGUUACCGUCAAAGUAACCCUCGAAGAAGUCAUAUUAAAGGGAUAUUCCAGGGUUAAAUUAAUUUAGGGUCAAACACACCGCAACACCAAGUUAGACCCCCCCUCCAGAGAUGAAUGUUGCCGACCGCUUGCUUCUCUAGUUAAACCAACUUUAGUAACGACCGCAGGAUAGAAAUACACAGCAGUCUGAGGAGCCAUAAACAAACCUCAAACAAAACACCACUGUAUAGCCACAAAUAAUGCUCAGAACAGCACCUAACUUCAUCAACAGGACAUAUAGGGUCACAGACAUAGGACUAGCCACCAAACAUCUUUUUAACUUUGACUCAUUUCUUUAGCAAAGAGACUAAACACAACUCACCUACUCUCUUCCAGCAGCCGCUUGUUUGUAGCAAGACCUCAGGCCAGUCCAUUACAGACUACAGUGGGGUGCCGCAGCUCAAGGAAGAACAUUUAUGAUCAUUUCUUCAUGGAAAUACAAUCAGACCGAGACGCUAAGACAGAAGAACUACAGCACAAUGAUUAAUAUGAUGAUUAUCACUUCAAGGAAAUUAUAAAGAAAUGAUCAUAAAUGUUCUUCCUUGAGCUGCGUCACCCCACUGUAGUCCGUAAUGGACUGGCCUGAGGUCUCACUACAAACAAGCGUCUGCUGGAAGAGAGUAGGUGAGUUGUGUUUAGUCUCUUUACUAAAGAAAUGAGUCAAAGUUAAAAAGAUGUUUGGUGUCUAGUACUAUGUCUGUGACCCUAUAUGUCCUGUUGAUGAAGUUAGGUGCUGUUCUGAGCAUUAUUUGUAGCUAUAGAGUGGCGUUUUGGUUGAGGUUUGUUUAUGGCUCCUCAGACCGCUGUGUAUUGCUAUCCUGUGGUCGUUACUAAAGUUGGUAUAACUAGAAAAGCAAGCAGUCGGCAACAUUCAUCUCUGGAGGGGGGGUCUAACUCGGUGUUACGGUGUUACACAAUCCUCCAAUUUCUAACCUCGUAUCUCCUUUACUCUGUUUCUCUCCCAGGGCCCAAACACCAUCCUGAUCUUCAUGGUUAUCAUGCUCAACAUCGGCCUGGCCAUCCUCUUCGUACACAUCUUGUCAUGAGACAUUUCCCACGUCCUCAGGUAAUGAAUUCACAGUGAUCCAAAUGUGUCUGUUUACCUCUGACAAACACUCAGGAUAAGACAGUCAGGAGCUGAAAAAAUGAUAGAUGAUGACCCUCAGAGACAGAUGGAGGAGAGUGUUUUCAGAGAGUCAGAGCAGCCAUGAAAAUGUGACAAAUAUAAUGUUAAAAUUGCAGAAACAGUCUAAUCUAGAAGCUGAAGAAGCACAUCUACAGGUGAGACUGUAGUCCACUAAAGUCCAGUGUUGUGUCUCUGCAGGUCACCAGCAGUGCUGGAGAGAAAUGGCCUCCCUCCUCUUCUUCCUCCUCCUCCUCUUUAUCGGUUUGGACCAGAGAUCUAAGAGACGGCUGAGGAGAAAACGAAGCUUCACGCAGACAGGCGGCGGCGGCUCCUCUACAGGUUUUGUGUUGGUGUGUCUGUGUGAGGCUCGGUGAAGCUCCUGUUUUGCGGGAGCUUUGACAAAGAGAAGGACUUUGAGUGACUGUAAAGAUUGAGAGCAUCUGAGCACGGUGAUGUUUGUAAGUUAAGAGUCGGGCUGGAUUUGGUGGAGUGUGUUGGCACUGGUAAAGUUUUGGUUCAGCUUUGUCACGGUGUGUCACGGUGUGUCACGAGUGUGUCGACAUUUAGCAAAAAAAAUUUAAAGGUUUUAAUGAAAACCUGGAUUGGCUGAGUCUCACACCUCUGAGUUAGCCAGAUUAGAUUGGGUAGAUGAGACGAUUUUGUCAGGAGAUAUUUUUGUUGAUCGCCGGCUGAAGGAAUGUUGACGUAAACGCAGACUGAAUAUCUCUCCACGAUGCCUUAAACUUGAAUGUUUGGACUUCUGCAGCAGACGUGUGAAAGAUUGUAGUGUCAA